GAUUUCCGGUUCAUUCAGCCAUAUUCAUUCCUAUUGUUGUCAACCCAACAUCCUAACCCAUUUGUUAUGUGCCGUUUUAUUACCAAUUUCACGCAAAAACGUUUUGGCUCGUUAUUGUGAUCUAGACGUCACAGUGUCGGGAGUCUUGCGGGCACGAGGUAAACCAGUAAGAUAAGCAGGGCCGGGCUGUUUUCUUCAGGCUGUGGGCGUCUUUUCUUCUCAUAUUACACCAGCCGGACUGAACGCGAGAGAGCAGCGCUAUGGCGUCCACCGUCCCGGUUCUUCUGCUCCUGUUUGCGGGUUUAUUCACGGCGACGCUCGCCGAUGACGACUGCAAGCCCUACAUUACCAGCAGUGGUAAAAUGAGGACGUCCAUUGAUUGUGGAUUUUUACAAUUCUGUUGUGGGAAUUGUGAUAACAGAUACUGCUGCUCUAAUCCACUGAGUAAGUUAACAGAAGAUCAACAAGACGACUGUUUUUUUUCCAAUGAUUUUAAUAAACCCAUCGUUGUCGGAGUGACAAUAACUGGGAUUGUGCUCCUCAUCAUUGUGUUCAUCGUCUGCUGUGUUUGUCCCUGCUGCUGCAUCUACAAAAUGUGCAGAAAACCCAGACCUGUAAUGGGAGCAACAACUACCACAGUCGUAAGCACUCAGUGCAUUCAGCAGCCAGUGGUUCAGGGCGGUCAGUACCCACCAUAUCAGCCCAUUCCACCCCAGUCUGGCUACAGUGGUGCACCAGGUUAUGGAGCGACACCAAUGCCAAAAGCACCUUAUCAGGGUCAUCCGUACGCAGCCGGACCCCCUCCACCAUAUCAGGAAGCUGGAGGCCCGGGAUAUCCUGUUCCCUACAGUCAGGCUGCUUUUGAUGGUGGACAGGCCUCAUAUCCCAUGCAACCACCCGCUCAGCCUGGUUACGGUCAACCAGGUUAUGGUCAACCAGCUUAUGGUCAGCCUGGUUAUCCUCAACAACAUCCACCAACAGACUACAGUGCAACUCAACCAGCCUAUAAUCCCGCGUAUGUGGAGCCACCAAAGCCCGGCUACUAAACCACAAGCUGGAUGGUUCAUUUUGUGCAGUUUCAUGAGCAGGUUCUACUACAAUUGUGAUUGUAUAGCUACUGUGGACAGAAUCCCCCAGUCAGGUUGAAAACGAAAAUGGUGUCUGCUAUCAUUGUAGCUUUAAACUCUGUGUGCCAGCGAUUGCUUUCUUUACACUUCAUUUUAUAUAAAUGUAUUUUUUUUAUCUUUUCCGGCCAUUAUCUGUGACUCCAAGCCAUAUUCUGAUUUUACUUCUACUAAAAAAGGGAAUAUGUUUGUUUUUGAUAAACUGCUAUACGCCUUAAAUCUCGUCAGCUUUGUUUCAUCCUGGGAAUUUGCACAAACUUGACACUUUAUCCGUUGGUUAAUUUGAGCGAUGCCAGCAUGAUUUUUUCACAGUUUACGUACAAUUCAGGUUUCUGCGAAUGUUUGUAGCAGUGUUCUCAUGCAAAGAUUUCCAGAAUAUGCCUUAUUUGAUGCAGCUUAUGCAGCAAGAAAGAAGUGGACACCUUAAAUUACAACAUUCCCCCUGCGUGUUUGGAUUUGAGGAGUAAGAGGAUGCCAUUUUAAAAAUGAGUAUGUUGUAGCGCUGCAAUUGGAAAGAAGACAUUUUAUAAAUUUACCUUAAGAGUUAUUUAAUUGAGGGUCUAAAAAGCUGUGAGGAAAAACAUCUGUUAUUCUAAGCCAAAUGUGAAAGUUGCUUUUGACAACUAAUAUAUAUAUAUAUAUAUAUAUAUAUAUAUAUAUAUAUAUAUAUAUAUAUAUAUAUAUAUAUAUAUAUAUAAUACAGUAUAUAUAUAUAUAUAUAUAAUACAGUAUAUAUAUAUAUAUAAAUAAAUCACUCCAGGUCAUAAAAAGGUGAAAUUUUAAGGUGUUGUUCAACUGUUGGAUAGCUCUCUGGCGACACACUGUGUUAAAGAUCAUUUAUAUCACUCUGUACAAUCUUGCAUAUAUUUCUAUUGAGUUAUGUUUUAGAGAUGUGCUCGUUUAGUUAUUAACUGUACUAAUGUUACUUACUAAUCAGUGUUUUGUUCAAACGUUUGUAUUCAAGCAUCUCCAUGUUUGCAACUCAUGGCAAAUAAAUAGAAAUUGUGCUGGA